UGGGACAUCGAAGAGAAAAGCACAGUAUUCAUCAAUACCAUUGUAUUAUCUGCAAUAAGAUAUUUGAUGAGAAGUGGCAUUAUGGACAUCACAUCAAAUCAUUGGUUCACAGAAACAACAGAGAAAUCUAUAGGAGAGCUAUUAAUAUCAUGAAAUCCUGUAUAGGGUUAGAUCUUGGACCUGCCUCUAAAGAUCUGAUGAUUUUAGAAGAUGGUCAUACAGAUAGUACUCAGAAAUCGUUGGUUCCUGUUGAGCAAAGUGUUAACUUGUUUUGUAGUACAGAAGAUGUUACAUUAUCAUACCAUGAACCAGAGGUACAAAAUUUAUUGAAUGAACUGUCAGAUGUAAAAUCAGUUAUGUUAAAUUUGGUGAAGAGUAAUUCUGAUUUCUCCUUUGGUCAGUUUACAUCCAGUGGUCAGUCUUCUUUCUUUGACUGUCAGAUUGGCAGGCAAGUAACACAAAAUUUCAUUAGUGAUACAGUAUACUCCAGUGAAGAUGCACAAUUUAAUGAUUUAACACCAUGUUCUGAAAAUGGUUCUUUGAUGUCUCAGAACACAUUUGCUAUAGACAACAAUUUGUCAUCAUCAUCUUCCACUGUGUCAUUGGAUGAUUCAAAUUUUAGAGCUUGCCUAACCAAUAGUAGCCAACAAGAUAGUAUUGGAAUACCAUGUGAGAAUUCAAAUUUUAGAGCUUGCUUAACCAAUAUUAGACAAGAUUAUACUGGAAUACCAUUUGAUGAUCCACAUUUUAGAACUUGCCUAUCAAAUACUGGCCAAAGAGAUAAUACAGGAAUAUCUAUAAAUGAUACAAAUUUCAGAGAUUGCUGUACUGCUAGCCAACAAAGUAGUAGUGGAAUAUUAUUUGAAGAUCCAAAUUUUAGAACUGGUCUUUCCACUAACCAACCCAAUAGAACUAGAAUGUAUUUUGAUGAUCCAGAUUUUAGAGCUUGCUUUAAUGCUAACCAACAAAAUAGGACUGAAAUGUCAUUUGAUGAUCCACAUUUUAGAGCUUGCCUCACCAAUAACCUACCAAACAGUACUAGAAUGUCAUUUGAUGAUCCGCAUUUUAGAGCUUGCCUCACCAAUAACCAACCAAACAAUACUGGAAUGUCAUUUGCUGAUCCACAUUUUAGAACUUGCCUCACCAAUGACACAGGUAUUAGAGCUUGCAAUACUAGUGAGGGGCAACUACAAAAUGAUGAAUUAUCAGUUUGUGAUCAAAACUUGAGAAGCUGCCCAGCAAAGAUUAGGCAACCAGAUAUUGACAAAACAACUGUCAUUUCUAAGACUAAUGGUUCUCCUACCAACAAUGACAUGUUAACUGAUGCAUUCAGACUGCUUGAGGAGGAAGGCUAUUUUGAGAAUGACCAAAUUACAUCUAUUACUUCUGAUAUUGACCUAUCUGAAAUCGUAAACAACAAAGAAUUUACAAAUCUGACCAAAACUCCACUUGUUAUGGAGCAAACAUCUUGUAUGUCUGGAGUUCCAAUUGAACAAUAUCCUUAUUUAGCUGGGAAUCAAGUAGAGCAAAAUCCUAACAUGCCUGAAAUUCCAGUGCAGCAAUGCCCUAACCUACCUAUGAUUUCAGAGGAGCAAAAUCCAAGUAUGCCUGGAAAUCCAGUGGAGCAAUGUUAUAAUCUACCUAGCAUUCCAGUGGAUAAAAGUCAAAUUGAUAUCAUCAAUGGAAACACUGAGUCAACUGAAAAUUAUUCAUUGCUUGAAUUAUCAUCUGACAUUCCUAUCAAUGCACAGCCAAAUAUUACCACAGCUGAUUUUUCUGAGAAACAGGGGCAUUUUAAUUUUGAUUCUAACAAUAACACAGUGGGACAAAAUGUACAGCAGCGAAUUGGACAGAAUUCUGAUAAAGUACAGUGCCAAAUUGAACAGAAUGGCAAUGUACAGUGCCAAAUUGAAGAUAAGGGAAGAAAUGUACAAGAUGAAUACUUUGCAAUUUCCCAGGAAAUUGCACAAGAAGAAGGAAUGGAGUUCUAGAAUUCUCCAAAUUAAUGUGAAUGGUUAUUGAAUUAGAUAUGACAUGAGACCAGUUGUAAUUGUGUAUUUGUGUUAUAAGUGGGUUAAAAACGGUUUAUUUCUGUUGACCUAGAAGUUUGUUUCAGUCAUGUAAUCUAAAGUAUUUUUGUCUCUAAUAAGACAUUGGGGUCUUUUAUUCUGUCUUUCAAUAUUUUUUUCUAUUUUUCCAUAGUUUACUGAUAAAUGAAC